CUGCAAGGUGCCGGAGCGAGUGACGGUGGCAGCGGCAGCGGCAGCGGCAGCGGCAGCGGCGAGGGCUUCAAAGCAGCCGAGCCCGGCCCCCGGAGGACAGGAUCCCCGCUGCGGGCCACGUUCACCGGCGGCCGCCGUCAGCUCCCGGGGUGCUCUGUCUGCACGGCAGCGGCUUGACGGCCAUGGCUCCUAUGGGCAUACGGCUGUCUCCGCUCGGCGUAGCCGUGUUCGCACUGCUCGCUGUCGGGGUGCUCUAUCAUUUCUACUCGGGCUUUCUGGCUGGCAGGAUCGCCAUCUUCAGGAAACUGCCCGGGACGGACAGAAUCGAUCUGAGAGAGCUGCUGGCAUUGUCGGUAGAAGCUACCGUCCGGGGCGGAAAAGAGGUGAAGCGAGUGAUGGAAGAGGGCGAGCUGCACGGGAAAAGCAAGGGGAAAACUAAAGAAGGGGCAAAUGAGAUGCUCACCAAUGGAGAUCUGUUGUCACAUCAAAAGAUGUAUCACUUAAUUAAAAAUACAUUUCCAUCCAUACAGGUGUACUCGGAAGAGCAUGAUACCAGUGCCGUACCAGAAAUUCCUCCAUGGGAUCAUGCAAUUCCAAAGGAAAUCCUGGACAAAGUUACCACAACUGAAGAAGUCUCUUCUGACAGCAUUACUGUAUGGAUUGACCCUCUUGAUGCCACCCAGGAAUAUACAGAAAAUCUUUUGGAGUAUGUUACGACAAUGGUGUGCGUAGCUGUGAAUGGAAAACCAAUCAUUGGAGUAAUACACAAGCCAUUUGCUGAUUUUACAGCAUGGGGAAUGGUGCGUGGAGGAUCAAAUGUGAGCAUGCGGAAAUCAUACAAUGAGAAGAAUCCCAAAAUUAUAAUUUCCCGGUCACAUACAGGCACUGGUAAAGCAUUUGCUCAGAAAGCAUUUGGGAAUGACAGUGAGAUUAAAGAAGCUGGAGGAGCAGGUUAUAAAGUGCUGUCUCUGCUGAAUAUACCUGAUGAUAAACAACCAGACCAUGCUGAUGUGUACCUCCACAUAACCAAUAUCAAGAAGUGGGACAUCUGUGCUGGCAAUGCCCUUUUGGAAGCACUUGGUGGUCAGAUGACCACUUUGCAAGGAAAGGCUAUUGACUAUACUAAUAGUGAGUUGAAUGAUGGUGGAAUUUUUGCCACUAUUGGUCUCUCUCACAAAACAUUACUUGAGAAACUGCCAAGUUUGAAAUCUUUUAAAACCCAGUAGAAAUUCCCAACUAGUUAUUUCAUUGUUAAAACAACAAAAAGUAACAUGUUCAUAAUUGGUCUGAUUUAAACUUUCUCCUCAUAAAUGUUGGAAUCGAGCAGAUUUUGGUGUAUAAAGAUGAGAGCUUGGGUGUGUGUGGCUUUGCAGAGCAAAAAAUGGGUUUUAGUUGGACCAAUCCUGAUUUUAAAAUUGUGAAUAUGGGCAGCUGAACCGUGUUACUGGGUUUGUAUAAAUGGUAGUCAAGCUUAAUGUAUUAAUGUGAAUGUUUAUACCUUUAAGUUAAUAAGUUAUGGGUGUAGAAUUAAGGAACUUGUAAUUUUAGAGUCCAUUAUAUUCAAACAAUAGUGUUAGGUACUGUUUGAAAACUAGCUUUUCUUUUUCUCCUAAUCAGUUUGGAUGAAGCAUUAAGAUAGAAAACUGUUAUUUUUAAUUACCUUUAUGCAAAUAGCAAUUGGAAGUAUCCAAAAUGAAAGCAUUUUCUUUUCAAGAUACACCAUUAAGUUAAUGAGGAAAACCUGAUGUUAUCUUUUCUAAAUUUAAAGAAAAUCAAUAUUAUAUUUGAAUAGAACUGGCUUCUUCAUUUUGGUAUAAGCACUUCUUUAAAUGAUUACAGCAUUCUAACUUGGCAAUAAUGAAUAAUUGGAUGUGCAAGUCUGUAUUCAGUAGGAUGACAAUACACUGGAAUUUCUGUGUUCCUUGAAUCCUUAUUUCCAUAUUUCUCUUAUAGGUGCUGUCUUCAAUGUUUAAUUCUUAAGUACCUUGAAUAAAGGGCCCAGCAUUCUGGGUGUACUUUGACAGUGAUGGUGAUGCAGCUUUUCCGGCAUUCUCCACUGUGUAGUGCGUAGGAAAUGGAAUGCUAGUUGAAACUAACUGGAGGACUGUCCCUUACUCUCCCAACUAAAACUGGUUAGCUUAUACAGGCUGAGGCUUGAAACCUGUGCACUAUAAGUUUGUGCACUGUUCCUGUAGCUGGGUGCUAUUAUUGGCAGUGUUGCCAGUUAAGCCAGGAUUGACUAGGAUUCUGUUAAGUCAAAGCCCUCAUUCUCACCAAAAAAACUAAUUUUUUUUAUUUAUUAAAGUAAACCAAUAUACAUAUAUCUUGCAGUUUGAGCACUAUCUGGUUUUGUACUCAUUAAAGGUAAACCUCAGAAACAAUUGCGAAGACUGGUGCAAAGGUGGAAGAAUCAAAUUUCAGUUAAAAAUUUCACAGCAAGUGUUUCAGAUCUUUAAUAACAGAUCGGAACAUUGUUAUUCUUCUUCCAAUAGUUGACUAGCCUUCCAGUCAAAUGGAGUAAAUCUUGCGAUUUGACGACUUUUAGUGCUUUGAUCGUAUAUUGUCCUUAUUUGUUUUAUUUGCUUUCUGUCGAAGUGCUGUUUGUAUUUUCAGACAAAAUCGCACAGCUAUUCAGUGGGUUAGUCUCUUUUUGUAAAGAGAAGUAUUUGUGAAACUAAAGUAGUCUUUAAUUUUAUGUGCAUUUACUGUAAAGCAUAAGGGUGACAAAGUUAUUUUUUAAGAUUUCUUGCAUUCAUGUUGAUUUUGGAAAGCUCUGGCUUUGCAUUCUUAUACAGUUUGAAGUAGAAAAUAUUUCAAUUUCAGCUUUCCUAUUACAGUGGUUGCUUUGUCUUAUUUUUAUUAUUGAUGUAGCAAGCUAUCUAUAUUUUGAAGAUCCUCUGUAGAUUACAUUAUAGAUUUUAAUAUCAUGCUUGUGAGUAUGUCAUUGAUAUAAAGUGUCCACACGCAAGCUUUAUGGAAGACUCACAAUUUAUUUAGUGUGAUAAAUAACCAGAGUCCCAGGUUUAUUCUCUGGAGUUUUCUGAAAUAAGAUGCUUAAUUUCAUUUCGGCAUUGCAAUAAGCCUUGAUGGCUCUGGUUGAGAGAUAGUUUGGUUCCACAUUUUCCCUAAUUACUACCUUUGUUCUCUUCUGGAACUAUGCAUUUUUGAUCCUCAUGAGGCUCUACUGUCAAAGCACCAUUUCUGCCUGUGAACUCUUGUGUAUAUAGGCAACCGUGAAUAGUACACCAUUCAAGUACAAUACUGUAGAACUGUGACACAGGAACCAUACAACAGCAGGGUGAUAUGAGAGAGGAAAAUGGCAAUUUCCUUUUGUGCUUUUCAAAAGAAACACAUUAACAACCGUAAUAUCUAACAGCUAAUGUACAUUGCCAAUACAGACUGUCGCAAUUUUGAAUAUAAGUACAUGGUUCUUGUUUGACACCACCCUGCAGAACACUAAUCUGUACAGACUUCUUGGUCUUAGGAAAAAAAUUUUGCCAAAAAAAAAAUUAGAAAGCAAAAUAAAAUUGUCAAAUCUUAUCAGGUGUGAAAUAUGUCUGAACAGUUUACUGAGCCAUAUUGUUCAUGUUAGCUUGGCAGUGCUUCACAAUGAGUGUUCAGUACAUGAGGACACCAUUCAAUGAUGACUCAUUUAAAUUCUUGUUCCUGGAAAUACAACCUGUAUGUCGAGUGAAAGGAUUUAUUGAAUUUUGCUGAACUUUACAAUAACUAUUCCAAGCAUAAAUCUGGUUUUGAUUUUGGUGCUGAGAAAUUAAAGAUACAUUUUCAUGUUCA